AAGAAUUAUAUGAUUAUAAUUUGUCAGAAAUCAAUACAAACCUCAAUAACCUAAUUGGCUUUGAAGUAGACAGUUUUGAAGAAGAUAGUAGUAGUAACAGCAGUGAUGAUAAUAAUAUAGAAGAUCAGAAAAAGAAUGAAGAAGAAAUUCGAUCUAGUUGGAUAUCUUUGGCAGAAAUAGGCCCCAAUAUACAAAUAUAUGUAUCUCUUGAAUUUGGUUCCUGUGAUAUUGACAUAAACCACGAUUGGAUUGCAUGUGGUGAAAGUUUGUUGUCAGAUGUUAAAAGUCUCGACACAAUCGAUUCUAAGAUAUUAAAUUAUAAACAAAGAGUGGCAGUCAGAAAUUGGCUCUAUAAAAUAGCAAGUAAAAAUGGUCUAUUUGAAAAUGAUUCACCAAUAUUAUUAGUGCUUGCACCAACAGUAGGUGAACAGCUAAAAUGGCUUCAAAAUAAGUUAUGGAACGCUUUUCCGAAUUGUCACAAUAUUCCCUUCGGUAGUCGUUUAAUAAUUUUUGUAGGUGACUUUGGACAACUUCCUCCAGUAUGCAAUCUUCUAAUGUAUGCUAAGACUUAUUCUUCUAACUCCAUAUCUGAAGAUGGACGUAUAGUUUAUAGUCAAUUUCAGAAAGUUUAUAAGCUUGACAUUGUACAACUGCAAGCUAAUAUUAAUAAUAUCAAUAUCAACAAGCUUCACAUGUUAAAUUGUCUAGUUGCCAAGAUUUGUGCUAUUCAUACACUUGGUAGAACUGAGGCAAAAAAGGCAGAUUCAGAUGAUACCAAAGCAGCUAGUCUUAUCAAUAGUGCAAUAGGAACUAUAGAAGAUAUUUUUUUCAAUGACAAUCAUGAAAAUAAUUCACUUCCUAUAGCUGUUUUAACCUUAAUAGCAGCUAGUCUUAUCAAUAGUACAAUAGGAACCAUAAAAGAUAUUUUUUUCAAUGACAAUUAUGAAAAUAAUUUACUUCCUACAGCUGUUUUAGUAGCAUUUGCCAAAUAUAAUGGACCUACCAUUACCACUUCUGAAGGUUCCCCUUCUUUUUACGUGAACUAUAACUAUACACAAAUCUCAAAGUUUGACCUUACCAAAAGCCAUGAUCUAUCUUUGAAAAAAUGA